CCUUCAGAGGGGGGGGGACGGCGGCCGCGGCGGGACAAAGUUGUGGCGCCGGCGGGAGCGGGGUCGGGGUCGGUGUGGCCGUGCCCGGACCGGAGCGGCGGGACCGGGCGGCUCGCCCGGGGUGCUCGGUGUGCCCCGUGUGUCCCCUGCGCCACCUGCGCCCUUGGCACAGCUUCUCCUUUCCCCGCAGAGCGGUUUGGCGGGGAGCGGCGCGUCCCUGCUCGGCCGCCGUGCGGGGAGGGGCGGGCGGCGGAAUUUAAACACGGCCAAGCGGCGGCGGGCUCCCGGCGGCUCCGAGCUCCGGGCAGGACCAUGGCGGGCACGGCCUCCCCUCGGCCCCUCCGCGGACAGUCCUUCUACCUGGACCUGCCGAGCGGCCGCAGCGCCCGGGACCUGGCGGAGGCCAUCGGGCGGCUCGGUGGGGUGACCGAAAGCUUCCUCAGCAAAGAAGUCACCUGCGUGGUGUCCAGCAACAGAGAGGCCAAGCGGGGCCAGGCCAGGGCUCGGGAGGAGAAGCUGAGCAGCCCAACUGCAGAAGGCACAAAAUGCAGCAGCUCAGUGCCUGCUGCCCCCAAAGGGAACCCAGCCAGACCUCGCCAGAAGCCGCCCUACACUGCGCUGCUGAGCCGGGGGAAGGAGCUGCUGCACAAGGCCAUGAAGAACCAGGACACCUGCAGUGGCAGCAGCAUCCUCGCCAACGCUCGCCUGUGGGGAGUCCAGAUCCUGCAUGUGGAUGAAAUGUUGUCCUAUGCCCAGCAGCUGCUGCGAGCCAUCUCGGGAGCAAGGAAGCAGUGCCAGAAGAUAGAGAUGAAGUGCCCUGCCUCCAGAUCCAAAAUUCACAAAGGAAAAUUGAAGCCCCCUUUUCUGAAAGUUGAAGACCAGAGCAGGCAAUUCCAGCCCUUCCAUCACCAGUUCCAAAGCUUUCCUGACCUCAACUUCCUGGCACCCAAAAGCUCCAGCCCAUUUGAGCCUCUGAAAAGCCUCUCCAAUUCCUGCCAAGCCAGGGGUGCUGAAGGCUGUGCCCUGCACAGCGCUGGGGGGAAGAGCCCCCGCUCCACACACGUCACCGUGCCCAGGAAAAGGAGGGGAUUUUGUGAGUGCUGCCAAGAGACCUUUGAAGAGCUGCAGAAGCAUCUCCAGAGCCCCCAGCACCAGCGGUUUGCCCAGGACAACUCCCGGUACAUCCCCGUGGAUCGUGUCAUCUCCCAGCUCACCAACAGCUUUGUGGAGAGGUCAGCCAAGGUGCCCUGGGCCUGCCUGGCUGAUGAACGUGUAGUGCCUCAAGCACACAGCACUGGAGGAAUCAAGCUGCUGCCAGCAGAGCUGGGAAAGGAAGGGGAGCAGCCUGAGCAGGGUGCUGUGGAACUGGUAAUGGAUACAGAGCUGGAUCAUGGCCUGAAGACCAAGGGAUGUUCCCCCUGCCUGCCCAGGGACAGGGUCAGAGAUCCCAGAGGAGGAGGGGGCUUGUCAAAGCACAGCUCCCUGCAGCUGCCCAGGGGAGCAGGGCCCAGCAGAGGGGUCUGUGCUGCCCAUGGCGCCGUGGGGGAGGCUGGGCUGGGGGCUUCAGGUUUAGGUUUGGCUCCUGAGCUGGGCUGGGGGCCUCGUGCAGUACCUGCUCCUGUCAGAGAGGCAAUGGCUUCAUCCUUUGAACCUCAUGCACUGCCUGGGUCUGUCAGCCCCCCUCCCCAAGCACAGCCUGCCUCCAGGAAGCGCCAGCUGUGCUCCAGACAGAGCUCCCAGGUGCAAAAGAGGCCCAGGCUGGAGCUGGGUUUUGGCCUCUCCCCUCUGGGUGAGCAGAUGGAGCUGGUGGGAGGUGGGAUGGGGACACAGGGUGCAGGGCAGGUGUCUGAGCCAGGCCUGCCCAGUGUGGUGGGGGCUGGCAGCCUGCCCCUGGGCACAGAGCUCUCCAACAGACCUCACAGCUCCCUUGCUUUGGAUCUGUGCCUGUGUGACAGCCCUGGGGACCCUGUAUCCCAGCCAGGAUCCCCAGGAGCUGUGGCUGCAGGUUGUGAUCCUGGGGAGGCAGCAGCAGCCAGCACUGUCAGCAAGCAUGGCUGGAGCAGGGAGAGAUCCCAAGGGAAGCAGCGUGGAGGGGACAGUGACAACACACCCAGGAAUGGGAACAGGCCUGGUCUGGAGAGCACAGCGAGCAGGACCAGCUGCCCUGCUGGCUGCCUGCCGUCUCCCACACUGCCUGUGGCUGAAGCCAGAUGUUGCUGCUCACUCCAUGUCAGGGCAGCAGAAGAAGCAGCCCCUGGAGCUCCCGACGUCCCCAGGCAGGGCACAGAGCGGGCGCGGAGCCCCGGCCUCCUCCCGCCUGCUCCCCAGAGCCCAGGGGCUGCUCACAGCUUCAGCAGGAGCUCCUUGGAGUCACACUGGGAUGUGCAGCUGCUCCCCAGCCUCAGGGGUGCCAGGGGCCACAGGAUUCCGGCUGGGGACGGGGCCUUGCUCCAGCAGACACACGGCAGUGUGAGGGACAGCAGCUACACAGCUCCGCUCUGCUCCGUGCUGAAGGAGUCAGAUCUGGCCUGGGCGGGCCGAGAGGACAAGAACUGCAGGAACUGCUGCACAGGGACCAGAGGAGCCUCUUUCCCCAUAGUUGGGACAUUGUUUGGCAGCUAAAACCACCUGCAGGCUGCUCUCUGGACCCUCAGUGGGAGCUGAGUAGGGGCUGGGAAGGGAUUUACCAAGGCACCCUCUGUGUCAGGAUCCAAGAGUGAGGACAGCACCAGCAGCCUGGGCAGCUCCUGUUGGGAAUUGAUGGUGAUGCAGUGGCUGUGCUGUCCUUGGCUGUGAUCUUCUCUCCUCUCUGCUGGCCACGUUUAGAGCCAGCAUAUUCCUCUAAGAAGUCCUCACAGGCUGCUUCCAAGUGCCUCUGGAAGUCUCCCUCCAACAGCAGUGUGCUCUUCAGCCUUCCAGAGGGAGAGCAGAGCCUGUUCCUCCUCACAUAGUCCCCAGAGCUGCAAAGACUUGGGAAAGGAGGGUCAUGGGGAUGAGAUUUGUACUCCUCAUGUGGUCUGGGGGUUGUCUUUGACUAUUUUCAAGUGGUUUUAACUUGUUUGGGGUUUUUUUUACAAACUUAAACUUUGAAAUAAAAUGGAAGG